UAAAUUCAACAGAAAACUACAUGGGCACCGUCUACUUUGUUGUCGUACUAACAAAAAUUGCAGAUACCUUGUGAGGUUUGAGCCAAAAGCCUAGAAGCUCACCCCCACGAAACGACAACCAGUAGUAGCAUCCACGAACACAGCUUCCUCCACGUUGACUGCUCACGUGUCAACCCCAGGAAGCCGGUGAGGUAUUAUUGCUUGCCGCAGAAGUGUCACCCUCACCCGUUACAGAUGGCUCAACCUCGUAGUCACGUGAUCCCCAUCCGACCUGUCACCCGAACCUCACGCUCGGCCCCUGUCCACGUAGGCUCGGACAACCGUUUACGCCCGACUCUCUUCCCAAUAAAGAAACAAAUACUCCAGAUUAGAAAUAAAAGAAAUUAAUAAACGAGCGAAUAAAAUAAUGUUUGUCUCAGUAAAUCACACACGGAAACAAAAUAUCAGUAGCAGUCAUUGCGUCUUCUCUGAGAAGCCAAAAUAAUGAAAAGGCAAAGCCUUUGAGAGUAGCAGAAGAAACUUCUUCAUUCUUCAAGAUUCAAUGCUAGCUUGCUUUCCAAGCCAACCAUUUCCUUUUCUCUCACGCACAAAAAGCUUCCCUUUUUUUGAUGCUUGUUGUAGUUGUAGUUCCGUCAACAAUAAAAGCUUUCACGCCGUUUCCCACGAGAAACCGGCCUGAUCAUCUCACGGAAAAGCAUUUCUAUUCCACCAUCACUCUCGCCUAUAAAAACCCAUUUCCCACUCGCAUUCAGUGACUCAGUACUCAGUAGCCGCUUCUUCUAUGGCAAAGAUAAGGGCUCUGGGGCUUUGCUUUGUGCUUGCUUUGUGUCUGUUGCAAUGCGGUCAUCUGUGGGUGUUGGCGAUUCUGAACCCGGUUGAUUUUCUGGCUCUGCAAUCCAUCAGGAAAGCUCUCGACGACUUGCCCGGCUCCAACUUCUUCGCUUCCUGGGACUUCACGUCUGACCCAUGUAAUUUCGCCGGGGUUUACUGUGGCUCCGAUAAGGUUAUUGCGCUCAAUCUGGGUGAUCAGAGGGCCGGGUCUCCGGGUUUGACGGGUCGGAUCGACCCUGCGAUCGGGAAGCUCUCUGCUCUAGCGGAGCUCACGGUCGUUCCGGGUCGAAUCUACGGCGCUCUGCCACAGUCGGUUUCGCAGCUGAAGAGCCUCAGGUUCCUCGCCAUCAGCGGGAACUUCAUCUCCGGCAAUAUUCCGUCGAAUCUCGGCGGUCUCCGGAGCCUCCGGACCCUCGACCUCAGCUACAACCUGUUCGCGGGAGGAAUCCCCCGGUCCAUCAGUACACUACCGGAGUUAUCCAAUGUCAUCCUCUGCCACAACCGCCUCUCCGGUUCGGUACCUCCGUUUCACUCCCAGAGCCUGACCCGACUCGACCUCAAGCACAAUGCUCUCUCCGGUUCACUCGGACAGGACUCUCUGCCUCCCUCUCUCCAGUACCUCUCGCUCUCCUGGAACCGGCUCAGUGGACCCCUGGACCGGCUCUUGACCAGGCUCAACCGGCUGAACUACCUGGACCUGAGCAUGAACCAAUUCUCGGGUACCAUCCCGGGUCGGAUAUUCACGUUCCCAAUCACCAGCCUCCAAUUACAGCGCAACGUCUUUUCGGGUCCGGUCCAACCAGUUGACCAGGUGAGCAUUCAGACCGUUGAUCUCAGCUACAACCGGCUGUCGGGACAGAUCUCUCCAAUGCUCUCGACCGUACAGAAUCUAUACCUGAAUAACAACCGGUUCACGGGUCAGGUACCGGCAAGCUUCGUGGACCGGUUACUGGCUGCUAGCAUACAGAUACUGUAUUUGCAGCACAAUUAUCUGACGGGGAUCCAGAUCAAUCCAACGGCUGAUAUUCCAGUGAGCAGUUCGCUGUGUCUACAGUAUAAUUGUAUGGUCCCGCCCGUUGAGGCACCCUGUCCGUUGAAGGCUGGGAAGCAGAAGACAAGACCUACAGCGCAGUGUAACGAGUGGAAGGGGUAGAGCUGGAAAUUCGAUACUUUUCUUUCUGCCUUCUGGGGGCAGAAUGGGAAGCUCAGAAACACAUUGGUCUAUUUUUGUCGGGUUAAUUCAUUUAUUAUUUUUGUUAUAUGGUGCCUGAAAUUCGGAAUAAGGAGAUUUGUGGAUACCUAGAAAUGUUUUGCUCAAACAAAAAAAGUGUAAGCUAUUUAAGGGACUUUAUUAUUAUUAUUAUUAUUAUUAUUAUUAUAUAGUCCUUUUUUCCCCUCUUUUUUGAUUUAUGUUUUUUUGAUUUAUUAUUUAUUGUGAUUUGCUUUAUUAGUUUAA